AUGGUGACUUCCAGUAGCAUAUCCGUAAUCCCGUGCUUCUGGUUCCAUACAAUGGUGACUUCCACUAGCAGUAGCAGUGACUAUGAUCAUGAGUAUUCCUCCAGUUCUUCGGACGAGGAUUCCAAGGUUCCAGAGAUGAAGAUUUCUACAGCAGAAUCUCGCGCCAAGAUGGACCAUUCUGCGGAAAUGAAAUGCGGCGUACCCCUUAACAACCGUAGAGUAACUCGGGAGGAACUCUUGAAAAGGAAAGCUGAAGAUGACAUUGAUCCUGAUAUUCAUUCAGACUUCGUCAAUCGCCCUAACAAUGAUUCUGAUGACGAAUUCGAAGAGGAUUCAGCAAAAGACGAUGAUGAUGAAUCUGAUAAUUCUGACAAAUCUGAUGACUCUGACGAAUCUGACGAUUAA